GAGCACGGGUCGGGAGAGUUUGUUAUUGUGGUGGCUCAGAUCAGCAGGAGGAGGUCACUAUGGGGGCUCCCAGCGUCAACAUCCCCAAGAAACUGCCUCUCCUCGUCGUUACUGAUGGUGUCCUCCUGCCAGGUGCCACCAUCAGGAUACCUGUGUCCACAGUGAAAAACAUUAACCUUGUGCGAUCUCGUUUGACAUCUGGUAGUAGGCUAGCCAGUACUGUCAUCGGAAUUGUCACCAAAGAGCCAGACAAGGAAGGGAAGGUGAAUGCUUUACAUGAAAUUGGAACAGCUGGAGUAGUAGUUCAAGUGACAGGUACCAACUGGCCACGACCAACAUACUCACUUCUGGUGACUGGACUUUGCCGCUUCAGAUUAGAGUCCAUCAUUCAGGAGCAUCCAUAUCCAGUUGCAAGUGUGACACAGUUAGAUGACAUCAAAGAUAUAAAUGAUGAAGAUGAAGCAAAGCUUGCAGAUCUGGCUUCAGAGUUCAAGAAUGCUGCUCAGAUACUCAUUGAUCUGCUAGGUGUGUCUGUGCCAGCCGUUGCUAAACUGAAGUACUUGGUAGAGCGAGUACCUAGUCGUCAGUUGGCAGACGUGGUUGCAGCACUGGUCAGGGCCACUCUGCCAGAAAAAUUAAAAGUUCUUGAUGCAGUUGAUGUUGCAACAAGAAUAAGGGUUACCCUACCACUUCUCCUGAGGCAUAUUCAGAGACUUAAGGAUGUGCGUGAGGCUGGGGGUGAGGAAGGGGGUAACAAGGCUAAUCAGAUCGUGCACAUCAGCCGUGGCGGUCGAAACUUGUCUCCUGACCCAGACUCUUUGGACGACGGUGAGAAUGAAGUGAAUGAAUUGGCAGCCAAGAUUAAUGCUGCAAACAUGCCAGAGGAAGCUCGCAAGGCAUCAAUGAAGGAACUUGGUCGUCUGAAACGCAUGGCACCACACAUGCCAGAGUAUUCCAUGACCCGUAAUUACCUUGAUCUGAUUGUUGAGCUUCCUUGGUCCACUUCUGUGAGAGAGACCUGCAACAUCCGCAAGGCCCGAGCAGACUUGGAUGCUGAUCACUAUGGCCUACAAAAGGUGAAGCGUAGAGUGUUGGAAUAUCUAGCAGUCAGACAACUCCGAGGUGAUCUAAAAGGACCAAUUUUAUGCUUUGUGGGUCCACCUGGAGUUGGGAAAACUAGUAUUGCAAAGUCGAUUGCAACAACUCUUGGUCGGCCUUACCACCGUAUGUCAUUAGGUGGAGUAAGUGACCAACAUGACAUAAGAGGUCAUCGUCGAACUUACAUUGGUGCUAUGCCAGGGAGGGUCAUCCAGGGCUUGAGAAAUGUAAAAGUGAAGAAUCCUGUAAUGUUGUUGGAUGAAAUAGACAAGCUGGGUACAGGUAUCCAUGGUGAUCCAGGAGCUGCCCUGCUGGAAGUUCUUGAUCCUGAACAAAAUUCUACUUUCACAGAUACUUACCUCAACCUGCCUUUUGAUCUCUCGCAGGUGCUCUUUGUUGCUACUGCCAACACCCUGUCUACAAUACCAUCGGCAUUACUUGAUCGCAUGGAGGUUAUCCACGUUCCCGGGUAUACACAGGAAGAGAAAGUGAUGAUUGGACAGCUGCACCUUCUUCCCAAACAGCUACAGGAGCAUGGUCUCUCUAAAGACAUACUUGAUAUACCAAAGGAAUCCAUUGCAACAAUUAUUGGAGAGUACACCCGAGAGGCUGGUGUGCGGACACUGGAGCGCAAAAUUGGGGCAGUGUGUCGAGCUAUUGCUGUUCAGGUUGCCGAGACAGGACAUGAUCAAGAUGAAGUCAAAUCAUCGGAUGUAAUAGUGGCAGAAGCUGAAGAUCAGAAUCACAAAAUGGCGGAAGAGUAUACUAAUGAAAAGCAUGAAGUGGAGCCUCCUCAGGAAAUAGAACAGAUACCCCUACAACCUUUGAUAAAUCUUUCUCAGCUGAGGGAACAUAUGGAUCUACCAGUCAUCAUAGACAAAAAGAUGAUAGAUGAUAUUCUGGGGCCACCCAUAUUUCAAAGUGGGUUAGCAGGACGAGUUAGUGUUCCUGGUGUAGCAGUGGGUCUUGCCUGGACACCAGUUGGUGGUGAAGUGAUGGUAGUGGAGGCAUCACGUACUGCAGGAGAUUCUGGUCUCACCCUAACUGGCCAGCUGGGCUCUGUCAUGCAGGAAUCGGCUAAGAUUGCCUUGUCGUGGGUCAGACAGCACUCUUUUCUGCUAGAGCUAGACAAAGAUUUUAUGAAGGAUGAGGAGAUUCACAUGCACUUUCCAGCCGGAGCCAUUAACAAAGAUGGGCCCUCAGCUGGAGUUACGAUACUCACUGUGUUAGUGUCGCUGCUCUCCAACCGAUGUGUUCGGUCUAACGUGGCUAUGACUGGCGAGAUCACUCUUAAUGGAGUUGUAUUGCCAGUUGGUGGCAUAAAGGAGAAGUUAAUGGCAGCACACCGGGCAGGGCUGACCACAGUCAUUAUUCCAGCAGCCAAUAAGAAAGACCUUGCAGAUAUCCAAGCCUCGGUGUUGGAUGAAAUAGAAGUGGUGCUGGUUAACACAGUGGAGGAGGUCCUUCAGGCAGCCUUUGAUGAUUUCUCCGACCUCCUCACUGAGAAUAACGACGAAGACCCAACAAAACCAUUGCCUAGUAAACUUUAAGAACUAGGUUACAAAAUUUUUUCUAGAGUUAUUGUCUUAAAGUUUUAUAAAGUGUAAAACACUAAAAUACUAUAAACAGUGUAGACCUCAAAUGUUAAAAAAAAAAAAAAAAAAAAAAAAAAAACUGCUUUAAAAUGAUUCAUGGUUGUAAAUAUUGUUUUGGAGAAUCAUUCUUUCCCAAGUAAAUAUAAAUAUCUAAAUGUCUAAAAUCAUUACUCUAAAUCAAAUUAUAUUUUCACUUUUAAUGUUUCAGUAGGGAUUUGAUUGUUAUGAUAGAGGACUUUAAUGUUAAAGUAAGGUUUUAUGCUGUACUCUAAGCAAUGUUGCACAAAAUAAUAAACAUACAAAAAUGCCUCCGUAUACUUUUUGAUUUACAAAUGUACCCUGUUGGAAAAUAGGUAAUGUGGUGCAGUAUACAGUACAAGAAAUUAGAAACAAGAAACUAAACUACAGCAUGGUGUCCAUAGCAAAGAUUCUCUGCAAAGGAGGCUUGUGAAACACUUAAUGAUGACUGGGAGGAGGCAUGUAUAAACAUCCUAUAAGGCAAUAAGUUAGUCUCUAGUUUAUAACAAGCGGCAGAUCCCUCCAGGUACGGAGUACCAUUGAACUGCCUUAUUUACGCUACUGUAUAACUUGCUUCUGUGUUGAAUUUACAUUUCAUCCUGUUCUACUAAUCAAAUUAAUAAAUAUUAUUGGGUA